GGCGGGCUUCUUUACUCGCUGCAUAGUGGAGCGCACCAAAAGAAUACCAACAAUUAACACGUGAUUGUUUUACAAUGAAUGUUGGCACAGCGGCCGUGUCCGAUUGUGAGCGGCCUUAACAUAAGUUGUAAUGUAAAUUUGGAGGAACGUCUUCUAACUCCUCGCGUAUAAUCGUUUAGAACAGUCUGUGUCCGCCCCCGUGUCUGCGGAGUGGUUCAGUCCAGAGUGUCAGGCUGAACGCGGCAGUUUGUUUUCAAGGAUCUGACUGAUCGACAUGAGUAACAUCUACAUCCAGGAGCCGCCUACCAAUGGCAAGGUUUUGCUGAAAACAACAGCUGGAGAUAUCGAUAUCGAGUUGUGGUCAAAGGAAGCGCCAAGAGCUUGUCGAAACUUUGCCCAACUUUGUCUGGAAGGUUAUUAUGAUAAUACAAUCUUCCACAGAAUUGUACCUGACUUCAUUGUUCAGGGGGGAGAUCCAACAGGCACUGGCACAGGGGGAGAAUCCGUGUACGGCAAACCAUUCAGGGAUGAAUUCCAUUCACGUCUGCGCUUUAACCGGAGAGGGCUGGUUGCCAUGGCGAAUGCUGGACCUCAUGACAAUGGCAGCCAAUUUUUCUUUACACUUGGCCGUGCGGAUGAGCUUAAUAACAAACACACCAUAUUUGGGAAGGUUACCGGAGACACAGUAUACAAUCUGUUAAGACUGACAGAAGUAGAAAUUGGCGAAGAAGAAAGGCCAGUUAAUCCACACAAGAUCAAGACCAGUGAGGUCUUAUUUAAUCCAUUUGAUGACAUUGUACCACGAGUAACAAAGCUGAAAAAAGAAAAACUGAAGGAAGAGUCCAAGCAGACAAAGGUGAAAGGCACCAAAAAUUUUAAAUUGCUCUCUUUUGGAGAAGAAGCUGAGGAGGAAGAGGAGGUGGUGAAUAGAGUCUGUGAGACCAUGAAGGGAAAAAGCAAAAGUAGUCAUGAUCUCCUAAAGGAUGACCCACGACUAAGUUCUGUUCCCGCAGUUGAAAGCCCAAAAACUUCGAAAAAGUCUGACAGUGAAAGUGAUGAGGAGAGCACAAGUGAGGAAGAUGAAGAGGAAAUUGACAGUGAUGAGAAGAAUCAGAUGAAAGAUCGCAUCUCCAACAAAUUGAAAAAAGAUUCGGGUAAAAAUGAAAAGCUAUUAGCAAAAGCAGCUGAAGAUCUAUCGGAGAAGAGGAGUAGCCGCAGUGAACAACUACGAAAAGAAGCCCGACAGCUGAAACGGGAGCUAAAUGCAGCCAAAAGGAAAAAAGAAGAUGAUGCAAUUGAAGCUCAAAAAGAAAAGGAUGCAAAAGAAGCUGAAAGAACUGUGGCUAAUAGUGCUCUGGAAGAAUAUAUCAAGGAGAAAGAAAAGUACGACGGCUGCAAAAAAAAGAAUACAGUGAAGGGCUCAUCCAGAGAACAACAGACACUGGAUCUUCUGAGCCGGUUUAAAUCGAAGCUCACCCAGGCAAUUUCUGAAACACCCGAAGAAGAAACGACUGAUCCAGAAGAAGAUGAUGACAAGGGAUGGAUGUCUCAUGUACUCCAGUUUGAUGAAAAGAGUCGGAAGGUAAAAGAUGCCACUAUGCAAGAUGAGGACACGUUUGAGAUAGACGAUCCAAGGAACCCAGUGAAUAAGAGGAGAAGAGAGGAAAGCAAAAAACUGAUGAAGCUGAAGAAGGAGAGAAGAUGAAUGACUUAAUUCACAUUAAUGAUCUGUAUUUUCCAUGAUUGCAGGACGUGUCCACUUUCUGUAAUUUCAAUAUAUUUUACCAGGAAAAAUAAAUAUGAUUAAAAAUGAUUGUUGUAGAACAAUGAUUCUACUUUUGUCAAGUCAAGACACUUAUAGACCCUUAUGACCCUUUGUCAUUUUAAGAAAUUAUCUUCGUAAAAGAUGCCUUCUUGAGUUGAUUUUUUUUUUU